AAUCAAAACAAGGUUGUGAAAAGAUGUGACUAUAACUGCUUUCGUACACAAAAUCAUAGUUCGUAAUUUUACUAGUGUUUUUAAUGUCACAAAUAUGAGGUCUAUUCUUAAGGCUUGAAUUGCUAAAUUAUGAACAGUAUUCUAAAUUCAAAAGCCUCGAAGAAAAUUUGGAUGACUUUUAAAAUAUUAACCUUAAAGAACAAUGAUUGUUAAAAUUUAUACAAUUAAUUCAAACUGUCAGAAAUCUUUCCUAAACUCCAUUCGAAACUUUAAAAAAUUCUGAUUAGUAAUUAUGUACGUGCCAAAAAAUUCGAAAAAUUCUCGACAUGUGGAGACAAUAACGGAAGGUCUGUACACAGUUUAUAAUCAUCCUGACGUUACUAAUAUUGUGGAAUGUAUCAAAAAUAAAUUUUACUUUGCUACACUGAUUAGUAAUCGCCAAACUGCUCGAAGCACAGAAAAUAUUCAGUUUUUCAACAUCGAUAAUGAGUUAGUUUAUAACAAUUUUUACAACGACUUUGGUCCAUUAAAUCUAGCAUGUCUCUACAGGUAUUGCUCUGUUGUAAACAGAAAGUUGAAGAACCCAAACAACAAACACAAGCAAAUUGUUCAUUGCACGUCGUCAGAUCAAGAGAAAAGAGCAAAUGCUGCUUAUUUGAUUGCAUCUUUCGCAAUUCUUUAUCUUCAAAAAUCACCAAAUGAACUUUAUAAAUUUCUAGAGGCGGAAAAUGAACCUUCGUUAAAGCCAUUUCAAGACGCCUCAAUGGGAGCGCCAAUUUACAAUAUUAAUUUACUUGAUUGUUUAAAUGGAUUAUAUAAAGCCGCAACAUAUGGAUUUUUUAAUUUCGGCGAUUUCGACCUGACUGAAUAUGAAAAAUAUUUACACGUGAAAAACGGCGAUUUAAACUGGCUGGUACCUCAGAAAUUUCUUGCAUUUUUGGGUCCAAGUACAGAACUGGGAAGCCUUUAUCAUCCACCAGAACGCUAUAUUGAUUACUUUAUUAAAAAUGACGUGGUAGCUGUUGUCAGAUUGAAUAAAAAGGCAUACGAUGCGUCAAGAUUCACGAGAACAGGAAUAAGACAUUAUGAUAUGUUCAUGCCAGAUGGUAGUAUCCCACCGCAUAAUAUAUUACAUCAGUUUCUUCAACUUGCUGAAAAUACCAAUGGAGCCAUAGCUGUUCAUUGCAAGGCUGGAUUGGGCAGAACAGGAACUUUGAUAGCAGCCUACUUAAUGAAACACUACAGAAUGUCUGCAAGAGAAGCAAUAGGAUGGAUGAGAAUUUGUCGACCAGGUUCCGUCAUUGGCCACCAACAAGCAUGGCUUGAAAGCAUUGAAGCCGCUUUAAGAAAAGCUGGACAACAGUAUAGACUUAACCGUUACAACGACGUCGAUAUAUUUACGCAUCAUAAACGAGGGAUCUAUUCGAUUAUUUCUAAAAUGGAGAAGAAGAUAAAUCCCACCUUGGCUCAAAAGACGUUCAGGUCCAAUUAUCCACAAACAAGCGCAGGAACGUUACAAAACAGGGAACUUUUGGUCCCCAGUAGAAUGAAUCCAGUUAGGAAAGAAAAAUGUGACGCCGAAAAGCACAAACAUUAGGAAAAAAAGAAAAUCAAAGAAACUCAAGGCGAUCUACUAAACCAAAUAAAACUAAAUAGAGAACUUGCAGAAUAUUCUGUCCCUAAUAUAUUGGAUGAAUCACGGAAAAGGAAAUAAUUCGAUGUUUAUCUUGAGAUCAAUUUCAAAAAUGUGUUUUCUGAAUUAUAUGAAAUUAAAGAAAAGAUUUGGUUUGAUGGC